CCGGGCCGGGAUGGUCGGCGGCUGGGGCGGAGCGGCUGGCGGUGAGCAAGGCGGGCUGCCUGGGUCGGGGCCCUGCCGGGAGUCGGCUGCAGGCCGCGGGGGCGACCAGACCCAAGCCUCGGAAAUCAAGGAUUGGUGCUGCACCACUUUGACAACUACUGCCCUGCUGUCUCAUAAAUAAGCCCCCUAGGUGUCUGUACUUGGCUUUCUCCAGGCGGCCAGGUGAAGGUUACAGCCACUUGUUUCCACAGCUGCACUGAUAAACCAUUGCUCUCUGCUGACUGAAUGUUCCUGACACCCUUUCCUGAAGCAGUUUAGGAGACUUAGACCUCUUGGACCCUGGGUCAUGGAAGCUUUGGAAGUGGAUGAUAUCAGCCCUGCCUUAGAGGUGACCGAGGACUUCUUUAGUACUUUCGAUAGUAAGCUGGAAAAGGCUGUGCAGCAAGCAGAAGUUUAUGGGAUUCAGGAAGUCCCUGAACUGGUGGGGCAUGAGGUACUCAGUAACAUAACAGACAAUGGUGCUUUGAGAAAUGUUGCCUCCCUAGGCAAGGGGACCAUGAUUUGGGACCACUGUAAGAGCAGACUCCUAGAAACCAAAGCUCAGAAUGUCUUCCCUGCCAAAGAACAGCUUAUGGUCCAGAGAGGGACAGCCCCAGAUAACCUUUCCUGGAUGGAGCAAAAAGAAGCACCAACCUUCAACUUUUUCAACAUCUGCCAGCGUCGGAGGGACAGACCUCGCUCUGUGAAUGACUUAUUAGAUGAGACCACGACUUUCAAGCCAGGACAUGCUCGGUCCAGGUCCGACGUCACCCACGUGGACUGGCGGGUGGUCCUUAGCACCAUGCCUUUGCAGCAGCAGCAGCAGCAGCAGCAGCAGCAACAGCAGCUAUCCCUUCAAGGCCCUCACUUUGCCAGGCCGUCUUUUCUGUUGCAUUCACCCAGUAAGAUUGAAGAUGCUCAAGGAAAUACAGAACACAAGCAGACAUUCCCAAACAUCCUGAAGAAGGGUUAUCUGGAGAUCAGGAAGAACCAUGACAGUUACUGGCAAAGCUGCUACGCUGAACUCUCGCCCUACGGCCUGCACUUGUACAGCCUCGACGGCAGUGGGAACCGGAGCCUGCACGCCACGUUCCAGCCCUCACACUUCCAGAGCAUUUCUGUUCUAGGCAGUCUCGAGGCCAGGAUGGUGGACACUGUUCUCUGUGACAAUUCUCAGCUGCAGCUAAAGGCAGAGUCCCCGUGGGAGGCCCUGGACUGGGGGCAGAAGCUCUGGGAAGUCGUGCAUGCUGCUGUGCCCAGUUAUAUGGGCCGGCAGGAUGACCUGGCAAACUCACCAGGACUUGGUCAUCAUGUUGACUGUACACAGAGCCACUGUUUACAGAAGAAAUCCAGUGGGCUGCUGUCCUCCCCUGUCUUGGAUAGCCCCAAACAGUACCAAAACAUCCUCAAAUCAGGGACGCUCUACAGACUGACUGUCCAAAAUAACUGGAAGGCAUUUACAUUUGUGCUGAGCAAGGCCUUUCUUAUGGCCUUCCACCCUGGCCAGCUGGACGAAGAUCCCCUGUUGAGCUACAAUGUGGACGUGUGUCUGGCUGUGCAGAUAGACAACCUGGACGGUUGUGACUCUUGCUUUCAAGUCAUUUUCCCCCAGGAUGUCCUCCGCCUCCGGGCUGAGACCCGACAGAGGGCGCAGGAAUGGAUGGAGGCUCUGAGGACAGCGGCCAACGCGGCAAGGGGUUCUGAGCAAAGCCUGCAAGUCACGCUGAGGAGCAAAGCUAAGGAUCAAAUAGGCGGCCACGAGCAGCGGAAGAACAAACGCCAGUCCGUGACCACCAGCUUCCUGAGCAUCUUGACAACCCUCUCUUUGGAGCGAGGACUCACUGCUCAGAGUUUCAAAUGUGCAGGAUGCCAGCGAUCUAUUGGUCUUUCUAAUGGCAAGGCCAAGGUGUGCAAUUACAGCGGGUGGUACUACUGCAGCAGCUGCCACGUGGAUGACAGCUUUCUCAUCCCGGCACGAGUAGUUCACAACUGGGACACUUCGAAAUAUAAGGUGUCCAAGCAGGCCAAGGAGUUUCUGGAGUAUGUGUACGAAGAGCCGCUGAUCGACAUCCAGCAGGAGAAUCCCAUGCUGUACCUCCACGCAGAGCCGCUGGCCACUGUGGCACGGCUGCGGCAGCAGCUGAAAUCGCUCCGAGCCUAUUUGUUCAGCUGCCGGGCGGCCGUGGCAGAGGAUCUGCGCCGCAGAAUUUUCCCCAGAGAAUACCUCCUUCAACAGAUCCACCUGUAUUCUCUUGCUGACCUGCAGCAGGUGAUAGAGGGAAAGCUGGCACCGUUCUUGGGCAAGGUCAUUAAAUUCGCCACCUCUCAUGUCUACAGCUGCAGUCUUUGUAGCCAGAAAGGGUUCAUCUGCGAGAUCUGUAACAAUGGCGAGAUCCUCUAUCCUUUUGAGGACAUUUCGACAAGCAGGUGUGAAAGCUGUGGCGCAGUCUUCCAUUCCGAGUGCAAAGAAAAGUCGGUCCCCUGCCCACGGUGUGUCCGCCGGGAGCUGCAGAAGAAGCAGAAGUCCUUCUGGCGGCAGCUGAACGUGGACGAGAGCCUGGAGGAGGCAUGCACCAUGUUCGAGCUGUCCUACCAGAACACCUGACUGCAGGCCGGGCUGCACGCACCACAGCCACCCAAGGGCCGCUCAUGCCCAUGCAGAUGAGGCUCUUUCCUAUUGAGCUAGAUGUAGAGAUAUAAGUUAUUUAUUUAUAUUAUAUACACACCUAUACGUCCUGUGUGUAUGCUUUGUGUAACCCAUUGUCCAGAAGUCCACAGGUCCACAGAGACCCUGUGGCUGAACUAGUACCAGAGAGCUGAGUUACACUUAGCCAUGAAAUUCAGCUGCUUGCUCCCGGCAGCUGUGGUUCCCACACUGCUCCGUAGCUCAAACCCUGUGCUCACACUGGCUUGACGGGCAGGUCUGCUGCGCAGGCAUCGGAGGAAGCACCUCCGACAGCACAGCUUUGGGUUAUUACUGAAUUUUAGCCUUUGCUGGGGAAACUGAGGUAGAGAUCACUGUCAUCUGCUUCGCUAGGAAAUCUCCGAAACACAAGAAUACUUCUGGAUCCUCCUCUCAAUGCGCCAGAGUCCUUGGCAGAGAUGGGAGCAGUGAAGCAGAGCCAUGAAGCAGAAACCCAAAGGGUCCGUCCCUCCAGCAGAAAGCUUGAUGAGCAGAGCCACCCUGGGUUUGAAGCUAAUCCCUGAAAAUGACCUCACAGACCUCAGCGGUCAGUCACCGCACGUGCCCUAGCUGCUGGCUGGUACGGAAGGACCUCAGCGGUCAGUCACCGCACAUCUCCCAGCUGCUUGCUGGUAUGAAGCCCGGCAACUGCCUGGUGAUACUGCAGAGUGCGCAUGGGCAUCCUAAGAACAGAUCUCCAAGCAUGGCAUGGAGGAUGUUGUUUUUUUUAUAGUGCUGGCCAAGAAGAAAUAUCCAGGGUUGUCCUCAAGCAUCUCAGUACACAGACUGCUAGGUAGCAUAUGCCACACGCACCUUGGGGACCUGAAGCUUCCUUUCCUGGAGUCCUCCAUAGGCAGUGCCCACCUGACAUUUCAAAGGUUUUAUUGCUCAUUGUCCGUCACAGCACUUUUGACCUCUAAUCAGUCCAUGUAGUGACUCUUGCUCUGGUAUUCUGGGUGUUUUGUUUGUUUGGGAUGGGGGCAUAUUUUAAGACAGGGUCUUGCUAUAUAUAUCCCUGGGCUGGCCUCAAACUUGUGAUCCUGCUGCCUCAUCUUCCCAGUAGUGGUAUUGCAGGUGUGUACUAUCAUACCUGCUCAGCUUUACUUGUUUUUAAUUAUUUUAAAAAUUAUUUAAAAUUAAAAAUUAUACAAUUAUUAAAGAAUAACUUGUAAAAUACCAACCUAAAUUAUUAAGGAAAUACCAAACAUGAAUAGAAUUCAUGAAUUUAAUAUUAUUAAAAUAAGUAGAUAUAUACAUAUAUAUAAUUGCCACCUUACAGUAACACAAGUAAAUAUUAUAAGAAUGAGAAAUGAAUCCCUUUGCUCUCUGGAGCAGUCCCCUUGAUAGCCCUUUGUAAGAGCCUAUGUAGUUGUCACUGUGACCAAGAUGGCGGGUAGAAUGGCACUGGGAACCUGACGGCCAGCAUUCCUGCUGCCUUAACACAAGGACGUAAUUCGUUUGU